GAAAGACAUAGCAUUGAAAGAAAAGAAAAACAGAGCACAGGACAGAAUUUGAAAACAAAGGCUCAAGUUUUAAGAAGCAAAGAUCAUCGGGUGUGAGAAAUAUGGUAGAGGUUGUCUUGCUAGUCGAUGAUUUGAAAUUACUUUCUGGGAUAUCUCGCUGUAGAAUAUGUCACGAAGAAGAGUUUGAGAGCUCAAAAAGCUUGGAAGCACCUUGUGCUUGUUCUGGGACCGUUAAGUUUGCUCAUAGAGAUUGCAUACAGAGAUGGUGCAACGAGAAAGGAAAUACAAUCUGUGAAAUAUGUCUCCAGAAAUAUGAACCUGGAUUUACAGCAAGCCCAAAGAAGGCUCAGAUAAUUGAUGAAGCAAUGUCCAUUAGGAGAGAGCAAGAAGCGUCAAACGCAAGAAUAGAGGCUGUGGUUGAAGGAGUUGCAAUAGAAAGAGAUUACUCUGAAUGCAGCUCUGCCACUGACAGAAACGCGUCUUGCUGUCGAUCACUGGCAUUAGCUUUUACAGUUGUAUUACUUGUAAGACAUCUUUUCGCAGCGCUUACAAAUGGAACGGAAGAUUACCCGUUUACACUUCUUACAGUCAUUAUACUAAAGGCUAGCGGAAUUAUUAUACCCAUGUACAUAAUUAUCAGGACGAUCGCAGCCAUUCAGAACAGUGUUCGGCGCCACUAUCAGGAUUCUGGCCACGACACAUCAAUGUCUGAUGAAGAUGACGAUAGUGAGACAGUGCAUAAUGCAAAUUUGAGACAUUCAUAGGUUAUUUGCUUCAAUGGGUAUCAGAGCAUUAUGAUGAUACUCGUCAAAUUCCAACAUUUUGCGGCAAACAUGAAAAUGGAAAUCAGAUCGAAAUACAUCUUCCCCGACCGCCGACCCGCCCAAGAAUGACAGAUUAAAUCUUCAGUCUAAGAAUCAGCUUCACCCAUAUAUUUCAGAAGAAUCAAUAUUCACUCUCUUGAAAUAAUUACAUAUUUUGUAAAUUCUCUCCUAAAAAA